GUCCUUUUGCAGUUGCACCUGCCCUUAUAUGCCAAAUUAUUUUAAAAUACAAAAUAUUAGAUGAUGACAGUAUGCAAUAAAAUUAAUUUAAAAUUUAUACUUACAAUCCUCUGGUGCGUUGACCAAUAAAUCUUGACAGCAGCUUAGCUUCUUGAACGAGAGGCAUAUUUACACAGCAGCUCAACUAAAACGUCGAACUUUCAAAGGAAAAAAAUUAAUUGCAAAAAUCCAAACAAAAUCUUCAGUAGUUUUCAGAAAAUAAAAAUCAACACCACAAAAUACGAAUAAUCGUCGCGCCAUAUGCAUAAAUACGGCAAAAAAUUCGCAAAUUGCAAGCAGUCCAAUUUUCAAAAUUUAUGAGCUUUUUAGGAAAGCACAACGCUUAAGUACACACAAAAAGUAUUAAAGACUGAAAGAUAUUUAAUAGAAUAAGUUUUAGGGGAAAAAUGGCAAAACAUACUUAUUUCAACUUUGAAAAAGCGAAAAACACAGUACUGGUUUGGUUUAUUCGCCUUUUUACCGCAUUUUUUACUUGCCCGAGCCUAUUGUUUUAUGUUGUAGCGGUAUCUAGUAUAAGAAACUUAGUGUAGGGUUUGUGUAUUUGUCAUUCAAUAAUGGCUCAAAAAAUAUAAAUGGAAUUUGUAAUGCCUUUUCUACUAUACAAAUAGCUAGGAUGGAUUCCAGGAGAGUUGAAUAUCUGAAAAAUCAUUUUGCAAUCACACUGUUUAUCAAAGAAACAGGUUAAGUAUGGUAAAUGGCAGAAAGUUGCCUUGCUUUUUACAGUGACCUCUAUGUACAACUGGACAAAAUAUUGCCAGGUGGUUCAGACACUGAGAGACACAAACCACGGCAGCUUAUUGUACAUGCCUGUACUACCUACUCCAGGACCAUGUUUAAGACAUGAUUUUCAGGUAGUUAAGACAUGAACAUAUUAUUGAAUCAGACACAAGCGACAAGCCAUAAUGGCCGGUUAAUAGUUGAAUACUAUCUGGACGGACUGUGGACACCAUGUUUGACAGCUUCCAUGCAUCUUUGUAUAUUGUAGGUCAAUGCCUCAAGUUACCAGACAUAACGAUUGCGUCAGCCUGUGUUCUUUAUCACCGGUUUAUCUCGGCAAUUGAUGAUCCUAAUGAUUUUGAUCUAAAUGUAUGUUUAAGUUAGGUUACUUUAUACAUUAUAAUUGCAAUCUUUUGGGCUGCACCAAGCCCGUAGCUGGCUCUCAAUUUCUGGGGGGGGGCACUCACUCCAGAAAGAAUGUAACCGACCGUUUGAGAUGAAAAUAUUUUUUUUCCGGAAUUAAUUUUGGCGACCCCCCUCCCCCCCACCAAUUUUUCCGGACAUACUCCAUUUUUCUGAAACCUAACAAAAUUUUUCGAAAAUCACAAAAUUUUCCACAAAAUUUACAGAAUUUUUUCCAUUAUUACAAUUGGUUCCCAGGCCCUUUAUCUCAAUUUUUCAUACCCGAUUUCCGAGUGGGGGGCACUGGGGGGCACUGCCCCACCGAGUGAGGGGGCAUUGCCCCCCCAGCUACGGGCCUGGGCUGCACCCAUUAUAUUGUUUGAUUCGACUUGUCCAAAUAAAAUUUCACAUCAGUCACAUGCGAGUACUUCCAGUUUCACUCAACUUAAGACCACAGCUACCCUGGCCAGUUUCCUUCUGCACUAACACCAGACCAAUAAGAGAUGACCCUUGCUGGAUCUCUCUGAAGAACGGUUUAGAACUAUCCAAUAUAAAUAUUUAGGUUUCCUCUUGUAGCAUGUAGCAAUGUGGCUCUUACUGGACCUCUGGGGAGAACAGUUUAGAACUGAGAGCCAGUAUAAAUAAAGUUAGUUUAGGUUUCCUCCUGUAGUAACACUGGAUCAAUACGAGAUGAUCGUCACUGGACCUCUAGGAAGAACAGUUUAGAACUGAUAGAGCUAUCCAGUAUAAAUGAAGUUAGUUUAGGUUUCCUUGUGUAACACUGAAUCAAUAAGAGAUAUGAUCCUUACUGGACCUCUAGGAAGAACAGUUUAGAACUGUCGAUAGAACUAUCCAGUAUAAACAUAUUUUACUUUGCUGAUAUUUAUUUGAAAAAAUUCUGUUAUAGAUUGUAGGAAGUACAGCUCUGUAUCUUGCUGGCAAAGUCGAGGAAACCCCAUGCAAGUUGAGGGAUCUUAUUAACAUGUCGUACAGCAUUCUGAACAAAGACAAACCUCCAAUCGAGAUUGCAAAGAAGUACUGGGCAUUACGCGACACUAUUGUCAAAUGUGAACUGUUAUUUUUACGACUUCUUGGUUUCCAAGUGACAGUGGACAACCCUCAUAAAGUAAUUAUAAAACAAUCAAUUUUGUUUAAGAGUAUGUCAGGUCUAAAAUGUUCUCCCUGAUUAGGACCAUAUCCCUUGCAAAAGGAAACUAGAGUAUCUCGACAAAACCUGCAUUAGGCAAAAAAAAAAAAUAUGUGGGUUUCCGGUUUCUUCUUAUAAAAACUUAGGUAGGGUAGGUCGGUUUUAACUUUUUUUUUAAACUUUUUUUUAAUUUUCCGAAUAAGUGGACGCCAUUUUGUUUAGUCAGUGCUUCCACAUCCAAAGAUAAAUUUCCCUAAUAUUGCCUCAAAUUUCAAUUUUCCACAAACUUUUUCCUCUAAGUGGAAACACUUACAAGCAUGAUCCAAUAAAAAAGUUUAGGGUCGGGAUUUCGACGUCGAAAAGCUAGGUAGGGUCGGGAAACCGGAAACCCACAUAUUUUUUUUUUGGCCUUAGUUAACAAGCUGGAAGCAUAUUCUUCUCACAUGCAACUGAGGUGAAAUUCUACAAAAACUUAGGCGAGUUGUACGUGUGCUUGCAUGAUUUCCACAGUACAACUCAAGUUAUAAGCAGGUUGCAUGUGACAGUUUUAGGCCAAAUUAAGUUGUGUAUAGUUUAAAUCGGUGCAGGAAAAUUUUACAUCCUCGUUUAAGGCUUGAAAUAACAGCCAUUAUCACUGAUCAAUGAUCGGCAAAUAAUUGCUUAUGAUCGGUGGAAAAGCAGGUUUCCAACCAGAAAAAGCAGGGAAAGUCGUGACUGCCAAUCACCAUGAUCAGUAACUUUGUGAACGUUAUUUCAAGCCCUGCUGGUGUCAGAUGAAAGACAGAUGUACUAUGAUCACUGUGUCAGCCAUAAAUGCUUUCUAUAUAUUUUCUGUGUUAGUUGUAAUUUAUUUCCUUUUUCAUUCAGUACAUGUUGCACUAUUUAAAAAGCCUUGAGGAUUGGUGUGAUGAUGAAACCUGGCAGCUCUCACAGUUACCACAAACAAGCUGGUCUAUUCUCAAUGAUACAUUUCAUACAACACUCUGUCUGGAGGAAACUGUACCUAGAAUUGCUGUAGCUGUUCUUUACUUUGCUGUGUCAAGCACAGGGUUGAAAAUACCAUGUGAAACUGCACAAAGACAGUGGUGGCAGGUUGGUCCUUGCUUAUAUUUACAUCUAUAUACAGUGCAGGGCUAAAAAAACGGCCGAUAAGUCUCCAGUCAAAAUAACCGGUCAACUUGAUUAAUAGCUCAGUCAAAAUACAUACACAUACUGACAGUGAAACAAAUCAUAAAGUGACCGGUCAACAUGCAGGCAUUUUUGGCUGGUCAUUGUCUGUUCACUGGCCAUUAUUUGGAGCCCUACAGUCCACUAUAAUAAAUGCCAAUACUUUCCUCUCAAGUUUGACAAUUAAAUCUGCUAAUGUAGGGCACAUGGCUACUUAAAUUAGUUAAAUAGCUUAAUAAACUCAUUGCAACGAUUGAUAAAUUUGAUUUUUAUUAUAUUGCAGGUAUUUUGUCCAGAUAGAACAGAAGAAGAUUUACAUAAAAUAGUCAACAGAAUCAUGGAUCUUUAUGACUUUGAGACUGAGAAAGUAUUGCAUGUUCCUUCACAGGAAUAAAUGUAUCGAAAUAUAGUGUAUAGUACAAAAUGUAUAUAACACAAUUACACACAUUGCAUUACUUGUAGACUA